AUAAUCAAGCAACUCAGUCUCCAUUCACUCUGCUAUUCUCGAGUCUCAGCUCUACCUUCUCUCUCUCUCUCUCUCUCUCUCUCUCUCUCUGUUUCUGGGUUUGUGGUUUGAGCUUUGACGACAUCCAUGGCCUUCUCAAGAGCUCUGGCUUCAUCUUUGGUGCUUGUAUUUCUUCUCUUCAGCUUCUCAGAUGCUAGAGAUCAUCUGGUUGGAGGCAAGAGCGCCGUAUGGAAGAUCCCAAGCUCUGAUUCUGAAUCUCUGAACAAAUGGGCCGAAGCAACUCGUUUCCAAGUCGGCGACUCGCUUGUUUGGAAGUUGGACCCUCAGAAGGAUUGGGUGCUGCAAGUGACUAAGGAGGACUACGUGACCUGCAAUUUAACAAGCCCAAUUGCUGAGUACAAGGAAGAGAACGCGAAGGUGAAGCUUAACCGAUCUGGACCUUACUAUUUCAUUAGCGGAGCCAAGGGACACUGCGAGAAGGGCCAGAAGAUGGUCGUGGUUGUGAUGUCUCCGAGACGUGGCUACAUCUCUCCUGCGCUAUCUCCGACGGAAAACGAAGCCCCCGCUGUCGCUCCCAGUAGCAAUGCUUCUGGUCUGAAGGCUGGUAUGAUGGUGAUGCUGGGAAGUCUGUUUGGGAUGAUUUUGUUCUGAGUGAAUUGGAGAUGGGGCUUUAGUUCUUACAAUUUGGGAGGGUAUGGGGUUUAUUCAUUUUAUUAUAUUUAUUUAUAGUAGGGGAAAUAUGGAUUUUCCAUCUUAGGGUGCUCGGUUUUUCUUUGGUAUAUAUUAUGUAGGACUUGUCAUUACUUGUUCUGAUAUUUUACCGAGAUAACAGUGAGAUCUAUACCGAAUUUAUUCAUUUCUAUCAA